AUCACUCAGUUUGUCUGUCAGAAGCUGUGUCAGAGUAAGGCGGAGCAGAUGGAGCCCAACAGACUGCAGGCAGACCUUGAUGCAUUUGAUAUUUCUGAGAAACUUGGCUUCGCCUUUGAAGCACCGCUGACUAACCUUCCAGAUCAUUAUCGAGCAUGGAUGGAGUUGGCAAAUGAUCUCCCAAAUCUGAUUGAGUCACGUAAACUGCGAGAUCUGGUUCACAAGAUGCCUGUUUUGAGCACCCAUCUUCUGAAUAGCCCUCAGGAGCUCAGGCUGGCUCACCUGGCACUGGGAUUCAUCACCAUGGGUUAUGUCUGGCAGGAGGGGCAGCAUGCACCCGCUAAGAUUCUCCCAAGAGCCCUGGCCGUACCCUACUGGGUGGUGUCUCGCAGGCUUGGGCUUCCGGCAGUCCUGACCUACGCAGAUUCAGUUCUGUCCAACUGGAAACUGAGGGAUCCCUCUAAGGGCAUAGAAAUUGGGAACAUGGACUUAGUCAUUUCUUUGCCUGGUGGCGGGAGCUGCAGGGGAUUUUUUCUGGUUUCAUUGUUGGUUGAGAUGGCUGCCAGUUCAGGUAUAAAGGGCACUCUGGAGGUGAUGCAUGCUGUGGAAAACAAGGACCCUGCCAGUGUAAAUAGGGGACUUCUUGACUUGACGGCGUCACUGAAGAAGAUGAAGGAAAUUUUCAAACUCAUGCACCAACACGUGGUUCCAGCUGAGUUUUAUGGAACACUGAGAAUUUUCGUCUCAGGGUGGCGAGACAACCCCAUGCUUCCAGAGGGGUUGGUGUAUGAAGGUGUGAGCAAUGAGCCAGUUCUGUUAUCAGGUGGAAGUGCAGCCCAGAGUACAGCCAUUCAGUGCUUUGAUGCAUUGCUGGGCAUCCAGCAUGACAAUGAAUCAGGGGCCUUCCUGACACGCAUGAGGGAUUACAUGCCUCCUGCCCAUCGUCAGCUCAUAGAAACUCUUUCUGACUGUCCAUCUCUGCGAGAUUUCAUCCUGUCCUGCGCCAACCCUGAUCUCAAGCAAGCCUUCAAUGACUGUGUCCUUGCGUUGGAGGAUCUACGGACUUACCACGUUAGCGCUGUGACCAAGUACAUUGUUGUGCCUGCUAACCGUGCCCAGGAAACGGGUCACUCAGACAGAGGUGCAGGCGAUAAACUGGAUGCCACUGGCACCGGCGGAUCCAGCCUCUUGGUCUUUCUCAAAAGUGUCCGUGACACUACUCGCAAAGUACUGAUCUGAGAGAAACGACCUGCAAAUAUAAAUUUGAAUCCCUGUAUCUUACAGUAUGCUGCAUAAUUUAAAUAUUACAUUGCACUGUGCUUUAAGCAUGGGUGGAUAAAGCCACCCUCAAUGAUUUUUUAUUGCAUUAUGUCUUUUGAUUGUGCUGCUAACUUUUGCAGCAAAACUACUGACAGCACUGGAUAUUUAAAUAAUUCUCAAAAAUGUAGUGUUUGUCCACAUUCAGUUGCCAUUGUAAAAUAAUAAAGCAUUUGUUUUCUGUUGUUAAA